CCUGCCGGACGCAUGCGCUGACAGUUCACUGCGCUGCGGAAAGGAAAUUCUCGUCAAAAACAAUAACAACCAUGAACACAUCAACAGCGAUGACCUCAAUGCUAAUCUCAAUGAUGUUGCUCCAAGCGCUCGGCGCCCCACAGAACAAAUCAGUCAAGAAAGUAGACAGCAAAAACCCUGCAGACUUGUCCUACGAAGAACUUAAAUUUAUAGAUCUCAAGAGAAGAGGAGGGUUUCCUACACCACCAAAAAGAUUAUCACCUUGCGCUAAAGCUAUCUUAGGGUGUUGUGAGGAAAAGGUUAUAGACCCUGAGUGUUCGGAGGCGUUGUACUGCGGUGCACAUUUCUUUGAUGACAACCCAUGUGAUGACAAGUUUAUUAUCGAUGCUCUGAAAGCUGCUAGACAAUACUACAAUGACCAGUUUAACAAGAUUAAUACGUAAUCUGAUGA